AUGGGUGCCUCUGUAGUCCCCAUCGCUGUUUUCACCAUUCUAUGGGGUAUUGUGGGUAUAGUGUGCCCCUUCUUCGCUCCUAAAGGACCCAACAGGGGGAUCAUCCAGGUGGUGUUAAUGCUAACUGCCGCUACAUGCUGGUUAUUCUGGCUGUGUGCAUAUAUGGCACAGAUGAAUCCACUUAUCGGACCCAGACUUGACAACGAGACCCUCAUCUGGAUUUCACACACAUGGGGCAACCGUAUCAAGUAA